AUGGACACUGGACAGGUGUGUGUGUGUGUGUCUGUAGGUGAGGACAGGUGUGUGUGUGCCUGGACCAGCAGCAGGACGCUGGACCAGCAGCCGGACCCUGGACCAGCAAUUGGACCCUGGACCAGCAGCCGGACCCUGGACCAGCAGCCGGACCCUGGACCAGUAGUUGGACCCUGGACCAACAGCAGGACCCUGGACCAGCAGCAGGACCCUGGAACAGUAGCAGGACCCUGGAACAGUAGCAGGACCCUGGACCAGCAGUUGGACCCUGGACCAGCAGCCGGACCCUGGACUAGCAGCAGGACCCUUGACCAGCAGCAGGACCCUGGACCAGUAGCAGGACCCUGGACCAGCAGCUGGACCCUGGACCAGCAGCAGGACCCUGGACCAGCAGCAGGACCCUGGACCAGCAGCAGGACCCUGGACCAGCAGAAGGACCCUGGACCAGCAGCCGGACCCUGGACCAGCAGCCGGACCCUGGACCAGCAGCAGGACCCUGGACCAGCAGCCGGACCCUGGACCAGCAGCCGGACCCUGGACCAGCAGCAGGACCCUGGACCAGCAGCCGGACCCUGGACCAGACGCGGUAAAACCCGCUCCAUGGUUGUUUUCCUUCAGACGCAGAAAUGAGCGCCAUGGUUACACGCAUGCGCACUGAGUGUUUCUACCAACAGGGAGGGGGAGGAGGAGGACAACAAAAGGCUGCUGCUGCUCCUCGAAGCCCGCGCACAGCUCACCGACAGCUCGGUGGUCGGUGCGGCUCCGGGAGCAGCUCAGUCCCGGUUAAGGGUCUGAAACACGGGCUGGACGCGGCCUCCGCCGACAGGCGGGCUGUGAGCGGCCAUUUAGGGCAGCCCGCUCGGCCUGUGUUCAAACACGCAGCUGCUGUUCACAAGAUGGCGGACACGCCCCUGUUACUGCUCUGCGCGCCCUCGUCAACAUUUCGGCUUUGAACUACAAACUCUGGUUUGGCCACCAGUGAAAACUUGCUUCUUCCGUCAGCUGAGGCCUUCCGCCGCCUGCCGGUGCGGUGUGAGGAGGCCUGCGGGCUCUCCC